GGUUAAGCUGUUUGUGUUUCUGUCCGGAAGGAAUAUCAGCGCGGAACGGAAACAUGGCGUUCAACUUUGGCGGCCCGUCUAGCAGCGCGAGUCUUUCUGGCACUGGGUUUGGAGCCGCCACCACAACAACAGCAUCCACGGGAUUUGGAUUUGGAUCAAGUACCACAGGAUUUGUGUCGCCGGGUUCAAGCAGCAGUGCCCCUACAGCCGUUAGUUUUGGGGGGUUUGGGUUGAGCCCGAUGGCCCCUGUGUUCAGUUUUGGCAGUAGUCUCAGUGGAGCAGGUGCUUUUGGAGGAUUUGGAGCCACGACGGCUCCUGUCAGUAGUGGGUCGACCUUCAGUUUCUCCACACCAUCAAACACAGGUGGAGGUCUCUUUGGAAGCACUCAGAAUAAAGGUUUCGGCUUCUCGACUGGUUUGGCUUCGAGCGGCGCUACAGGAACGGGCUUCAGCAGCACUGGAUUGGGCUUUGGUGGUUUCGGCGGAAUUCAGAGCGGCCAGACCCAACAGGGUGGUCUGUUCAACCAGCAGGGGUCUCAGUCUAGUCAUCUGAUCAACACUGCCAGUGCUCUGUCUGCUCCGUCUGUGCUCAGCGAUGAGCGGGACUCCGUUCUGGCCAAGUGGAACCAGCUGCAGGCCUUCUGGGGAACAGGCCGAGGUUACUUCAACAGCAGCACUCCUCCGGUGGAGUUCAGCCAGGAGAAUCCCUUCUGCCGCUUCAAGGCGGUGGGCUACAGCUGUGUUCCUGAAACGAAAGAUGAAGAUGGGUUAGUGGCUCUGGCUCUCAGCAAGAAGGAAUCAGACGUUCGCUCUCAGCAGCAGCAGUUGGUCGAGUCUCUACAUAAAGUCCUUGGAGGAAAUCAAAUGAUCAGCGUGAAUGUGGAGGGUGUGCGAGCGUUACCUGAUGACCAGACGGAGGUGAUUGUUUAUCUGGUGGAGCGUUCUCCUAACGGCACGUCUAAGCGGGUUCCAGCAUCGACUCUCCAUAGUUUCAUGGAGCAGAUGAGUGUGAAAUCUCAGCUACAGCAGCUCAGUGUCGUAAUGACCGUCAGCAGGACCGCACUGAGCGCAGCACAACUCAAACAACUGCUGCAGAACCCACCCGCAGGUGUGGACCCCAUCAUCUGGGAACAGGCUAAAGUGGACAAUCCUGAUCCAGAGAAGUUAAUUCCAGUACCUAUGGUGGGUUUUAAAGAACUCCUGCGAAGAUUAAAGAUUCAAGACCAGAUGACCAAACAGCACCAGACCAGAGUCGACAUAAUCUCUAAUGACAUCAGUGAGCUGCAGGUGAAUCAGGCCACAACCACAGCCAAAAUCACACAGUACAAACGCAAGCUGAUGGAUCUGUCACACAGAGUAUUACAGGUGUUGAUCAAACAGGAGGUUCAGAGGAAGAGCGGUUAUGCCAUUCAACUAGAUGAAGAGCAUCUGAGAGUUCAGUUAGAAACCAUUCAGUGUGAGCUGAACGCACCAACGCAGUUCAAGGGGCGGUUGAAUGAGCUCAUGUCUCAGAUUCGAAUGCAGAAUCAUUUUGGAGCUGUACGUUCAGAGGAGCGCUAUCGAGUGGAUGCCGACCUGCUGCGAGAAAUCAAACAGCACCUGAAGCAGCAGCAGGAGGGUCUGAGUCACCUGAUCAGCGUCAUAAAAGAUGAUCUGGACGACAUCAAGAUGAUUGAAGAUCAGCUGCAUGAUGGGAUUCACACUCGCAGCAGCAAACUCAGCUGAUACACACACGCACACAGUCACGCGUGUAUAGGGGAUGCUGUCUGUUCACAUCGUUGAAGAACUGCUGUGCAUUGUGACAGUGUCAUGUGAUUAUCAUUGUGUGUCUUUGACAGCUGAAUAUUAAACACACACGUCUCACAUUGAUGAAUAAAGUUUUCUUUUGUA